AAAAAUAUAUCAACGAUAUUUUUUUUAUUAAGAAAUAUCAUUCUUUCUACAUGUAUAUAUGUAUACGUGGUUUAGCAGUAUUCGAAAUCAUGCAUAUUAGGCAUAGGGAAUCCUUAGAGCAAGCACUUCCUAAUUAUUUCAUUUACGUCCGCAGAUAUUUAAUGAGUUAUCUCAUAUCAAUUGUUGAAUACAAAUAAAAACAUGGACUACAAUAUAAGAAACAUGAAGGAUGACCCGGAUGACUGUGAAUUUGUGGGACGAAUGUUGUACGAAGCUGUUACUGGAGAGUUUGACACGCUUUUCCCUGGAAGCAGUUUAAAGACAAUUCUACAGUUUGCAACAAAGUGUUAUACACAUCAACCCAAAGAAUUUUAUAAGAAUGUUUUUCUUCUGAGCUCUGAGAAAGAGAAGAUUGGAUUCGUAGAAAUGGCUUUUCAUGACACGGUGAAAAACCAAAUGUCAAAAAUGGAUCUUAUAAGGACAUUUGGAGUGAGAGACAGUUGUAGGUACCUUUUGAGUAGACUGUUCUUCGUAUUUCCGAUUGUACCGUCUACUGCUUAUAUCGACAACUUGGCAGUAGAGGCAAAAUUCAGAGGUCAAGGAUAUGGAAGGGCGCUUUUGAAGAGGGCUGAGGAGGAGGCCGUGGCUAGACGGUGUAAUAAGAUAUAUUGUCUUGUUUUCUCAACAAACACAGACGGUAUGAAGUUUUAUGAGAAAAACGGCUAUAAGGCUGUUGGAAAACCCCGAACCUUUUACGGAUUUUUAUAUUUAGUUAUCAAAAUUCCGACGUCAUCUCAAGAAGCCUUUAACCUUUUGCAAUGGAAUUUUGUACAACUCCCUAUGGCCUAAAAAAAGACCCCUGCUGAUUUAGAGGUCAAAGGUCAAGGCUUUGACGACAUAUGAGAAACUCCUGAAUGUUCCAUGAAUCCACUGGUAUAUUCUAACGAAAAAGUCAAUAUUUUAAUUAAAAUGAAGACAAGAAGUCAA